AUGAAGAAGUCGGUCUUCCUCUUCCGCCCACAUCGUCAAAUAUACAUUUUAUAACGACACUCCCGCCCUUUCUCUCUGCAUCGCAGUUGUUGGUAACGCCAGUUGUCGUGCUUUUAUCUUCGCCGCCUCCACUCGUCACUUCGUCACCGUCAUUCUCGGGCUUGGACAGCUCCUCGAAUGCAAACUCCAACACACUACCCAAGUCUUCUUCUCACCCAAUCCUCACUUCCCUCACUCCCUCUCUCACAGAAGUCGACAGGAUAUUCGAUCAUCCACUCGAAGCAAUGCUGGACCCUUGUCUCUUGUUGAACAAAGGGGAGUCGCUCGUGGAUGUGGGAGAGGACUGGCCAUAUAGUGCUGGAGAUGUGUAUAACCCGUCCGACGUCCGCCUCGACGCAUUCGACGGACUCAUAUAUAGGAUGCACCGGUUCAGAACAUGUGCAUCUCCUAUCAAGGGGCUUACAGCUGAUAUUUUAAUCACCGUCGCUGAACUUGCAUACGGGCGCAAACCCGUCUACGGACGAUACCCAUCUGAUUCAAGUUCAGGGUCGUCACCCGAAGACACGAACUUGGAAGGGGAGACAUAUCAGGCACUUGUGAGGAGGCGUAUGGAAGAGAACGAGAGGGCUUUUGCAGUUGUUGUUGAGGAAGGUGAGCAGACGUGAUUGACCGGAAAGGCGGAUGGGGCUAGUGAGAGCGCAUUUCUGGCAGAUGCAUGAUCUCAUUCUCUCCGUUUUAGACUGACCGUUGGAGAUAUACGACUCACCAUAGACAUAUAAUCGGUAUCGUAGUAUAUGCUGUAGCAUAAUCACUAGUUCUAUACGUGCUCUAUGCACACAUAUUAUGAAUGGUAGUCUAACUCGGAACGCAUCACUCCCACCAAAAGAUGAUUGAUUAUCGAUAUCCC